CAUGUACCAACUUGGGACCAACUUUCAACACUGUUCCCAGGCGCUUACCCGAGCAUUUUAUUUGCAGGGAAGCACAGCCAACUUUAUGACCAUGCCAUUCCUGUACGCCGCUGUGGCCAAGGUGUACCCCGGUUUCACGGGGCUGGGAGUAGCACUCCUCGUCGCUGCUUCCUGGUGCGUGAUGUCCAUGCUGUGUGCAGUCGUGCUGGCUAUUCUUGACCGCAGAGCGCAACGUAUUAUGGGACGUGAGGAUGCUAUGACUGGUGAGGUGGUGAAACUGACAGAUGUACGCUACUUUCCCAAGACCUUCUGGCUUCUGUGCUUCAUCUGUGUGUCAUACUACGUCACCAUAUUUCCCUUCAUUGGCCUCGGCACGGUGUUCUUUCAAAGAAAGUACCAGUUCUCAGCCGUUGAAGCAAACUCGGUGGACAGCGUCCCAUACCUCAUAUCAGCCUUCGCGUCACCCGUCUUUGGAAUUCUGGUGGAUCUGCUGGGCAGAAACUUGAUCUGGGUCACAGUGGCCGUCUUUGGGACACUUGCUGCUCACGGGCUGCUUGCCUUCACCUUCCUCAAUCCCUGGGUUGCCAUGGUGCUGAUGGGGCUGAUGUAUUCUCUCCUGGCAUGUGCAUUUUGGCCCCUGGUUGCCAUGGUGAUACCUGAACAUCAGCUGGGCACAGCUUAUGGCAUAAUGCAGUCCGUGCAGAACCUGGGUCUUGCCGUUAUUGCCAUGGUGUCCGGCAUGAUUGUCGACAGCAGUGGCUAUUUUGUUCUCGAGGUCUUUCUCAUGGCGUGGCUUUGCUGUAAGUUGGCCAGCUGCUCCUUGACUUAUGAAUGUGUCGUGAUGUUCAUGCUGUUAAUGCUGACUCAACAGAAUGUGCACUUUGUGUAGAAAGCAGAUAUAGUCUUAAUAUAUA